AUGGCACCGACGCAGCUCAGCAUUGUGCUGGAGGGUCUGCUCAACGAACUCGGGACAGCCGACCUCAGUACGCUCGAGGCCAUGCUCAAGCACGAUACAGGCGCAGUGCUCGACGCGAUCCGAAGCACCGCUGCAGCCGCAGAGGCUGGUGCGGCGGCUUAUGCCAGCUCGGCCACGAGCAAUGCUGAGUUGGAAGAGAAGUUGCGGUCACAGACCAAGGAGCUCGCUUCUGAGCAGCGCUCUGCGAGCGCUGUGAAGAAGGCGCUCGCAUCGGCGCGGGCUGAGCUUGCUGCGGCACAAGAGCGUAGGCGUUCCGACCGCGACAACCUGAGGACAGCGCAGCAGGCUGCUAAACGCGACAUCAAAGCGGCCGAGCGGAUGGCCGACGAGGUAACACACGCAGCUCGAGCUGAUUUUGAGUGGCGUAUCGGCGAGAUGCGGGCCAAGAUGCAGGCCGAGCUGCGCGAGCAGCUCGACGCGCUGCAGAUUUCGAUGGAGGCAGAGGCGAGGCGCGCUGAUGCCGCAGAGGCGGAGAGGUCAAGGCUGUACGACAAGAUGGAGGGGAUUAUAUGCGCACGCGACAGAGGUUGA